AAAAUUAAGAAUCAUUUUCAACUCUUAGAUUGAAUGAUAUAUGGUGGAUUCAUAACUUUGUUGAAUGAAUUAAAGAGGUUUUGCAUAUGCUUAUUCAAUUAUUCAAUUACACUUUGUCUUUGAUUCCUCAGCCCCCAUUUAGCAAGUCUCGUAGCAAUUAAUUUAUCAGUAAUUUAAGCACAUAUUCUUCAUAAAUGAUGGCUACUUUUAUCUCUGCAAAUAAAAAGAUAGAAGCAUAAAGGAGAAAGAGAGAGAUGGCGGACGCAGCUGUGGAAUUCCUGCUGAACAACCUCAAGGAGCUCGUGCUGCAGGAAACCCAUCUAAUGAAUGAGACGGAGGGAAACGUGGGCAAGUUGAAGAGCGAUCUCCUCCACCUCCAAGCCUUCCUCAGGGAAACAGUGAAGAUGCGGAACAGCAACGAGAGAAUAAAGCUGAUGCGGAAGGAGAUCCACGAUGUCGUUUACGAUGUCGAAGAUAUCAUUGGUGCAUACAUGGCAAAGAACAAAGUUUCAGGGAAGAGUAGUGUUUUUUUCAAAAAGUUCCUGACUAGCCACCGGAGCGUGCUCAAUUUCCACAGCAUUGGGCGGAAAGUGGCGGGUUCCAGCGGCCGACUCGAACAGUUGAGGAAAGAAAUCAACCUCACCACCAAUGAGGAAGACAAAACGGAAAUACUUUCUGAGGAUUUCAUCAUUUUCUUACAACAGCCUCGACCACCAAGAAAGGACAUGAGUAUGGUGGGCUUUGCAGACGUGGCCGAACGCCUCAUACGCCGUUUGACUCAAGAAGCUGAUGGUCUUGAUGUCAUUUCUCUGACUGGUAUGUCUGGGCUGGGCAAAACGACAUUGGCAUGGAAGAUUUAUAAUGAUCCUGAAAUCAUCUUAAAGUUCCCCACCCGCAUAUGGCUUACUGUUUCAGCAAGGUUCACAGAGAGAGAUAUCUUUCUACGCAUCCUCGGCCAUUUAACCACACUAGAUGACGACAUGCGUGCCAAAGAUGGAGAGGAAUUAGCUGAAAUUGUAUCCAACUAUCUCCAGAUGGGCACUUUCAUACUAGUGAUGGAUGAUGUAUGGAGCAUACCUGCUUGGGAACAACUUAAGAAGGCUCUCCCGUUACAAGAAAACAAAAGUAAAGUCUUGCUCACCAGUCGUGAAGAGACUGUGGGAAGUGCUGCUAGUAAGCCAAGACCUUUCGUGCCAUUGCGCGCCUUUGAUCCAGAAGAAUGCUGGGAGCUGUUGCGGUUGGAGGCACUGGGAAAGCUCGAAUGCCCUCCUCAACUGGUACAAGUCGGGAAAAAAAUUGCAGCAGAUUGCGAUGGACUGCCACUUGCGAUAGUCGUCAUUGGAGGCAUCCUUUACGAGUUAUCAGAUUCAAAUAAUGUGGAUAAAACUAGAAGGAACUGGCUAAAAGUGUCGAUGGAUGUGAACUCAUAUCUCAGUGAGAAGAAGCUGGAUAAACGCAUGACAAAAUUCAUAUCUAUGAGUUAUGAGAGUCUACCUCACUAUCUGCGACCUUGCUUUCUUUAUCUGGGGUUGUUCCCAGAAGACUAUAAGAUUUCAGCUUCGAAAUUGAUCCGCAUGUGGAUUGGAGAAGGGUUCAUACAACAGGAGGAUGCAUGUAUUCCGUUGGAGGAGGUUGGACAAAAUUAUUUGAAGGCUCUCAUUAGUAGAAACUUAGUCAAUACUCUCAAGUUUAAAGCUGAUGGUAAUGUCAAAACAUGCCAGAUUCAUGAUACCUUGCGUGAUUUCUGCCGCAUUGAAGCUGCAACUGAAAACUUUCUCCAAGAGAUCAGGCUCAACGAUCGAGGAGAAUGUGUACCUCAAAUCUCUGUGUGGUGUCGCCAUCUUUCUAUUCAUUCCGAUUGCAAGCGGUAUAUCUCAUCAAGAUCUUUAACUCCUCGUGCCCGCUCAUUUGUUUGUCUCUCCAAGGAGCCCUAUGAUGACCUAUCUCCGAAAGACAUCACAAACCUCAUUAAAGCCUUUAGGUUUCUCAGAGUUUUUGAGGUUCAACCCUUGAGAUUCAAGGAAAUUUAUUCUGGCAUCGACAGUUUGAUCCAUAUGAGGUACAUUGCCUUGUCCAUCACCUUGGCGAUACUUUCUCCACAUUUCGACAAGAUUUGCAACCUGCAAACUCUUAUCAUCAAUACCACAUCUCCUACCCUCCAAAUUAAAGCCAACAUAUGGAAGAUGAAGCACUUGAGCUAUUUCAAGACAAAUGCCUCCGCAACAUUGCCCAGGGCCAAGCCCGCUGAUUGUGCAAAUAAGCUUCAGACACUCGGCUUAAUCUCCAUGAGGAGUUGCAAGGGACUUCAUAAGCGGGCUCCCAAUCUGAAGAAAUUGGGCAUGAGUGGGAAACUAGCGUUGCUUUCCGAAGAAAAUGGACCUUUUGAUAGUGUGAGGCAGAUGAGAUAUCUGCGAAAGCUAAAACUAGUAAACGACAAGGCACAAGAAACGGAGCGACUGAAUUGCCUACCAAAAGUUGAUCAAUUCCCAUCUGGACUUACAAGCCUCACACUGUGUUCGACUUCCCUCAAAUGGGAAGAAAUAUCUACUCUCAGAUCGCUCCAGAAGCUCGAGGUGCUCAAGCUAAAAUAUCAAGCAUGUAUCGGGCACACCUGGGAGUUAGAAGAUGCAGUUGAAGGUUUUCCGUCGCUUCAAUUCCUGCUCAUUGAAGAGACAGAUUUAGCUUUCUGGCAGGCUAAAUCACAUCACUUCCCCAAGCUUAGAAGCCUUGUGCUCAAGCACUGUGACAAACUUCGUGAAAUUCCAGUUGAUCUGGCUAAUGUACAGAGCUUCGAGAUGUUGGAUUUGACUACAUGCACAGUUGCAGUGGACUCUGCCAGGAAUAUUGCUGCUGAAAAGAAAAACAUAUUAGGCCUAGACUAUGAAUUCAAGCUCUCCAUCUUUCCUCCUCCUACUAAAUGAUCAAGAUUUAUUUAUCAUUGCCAGGGACUGAUGUAGGCUGGCUGGCUUGAAAAACUGUUGCACUUCAAUUUGUUCUUGGCAUUGUUAUCUUGAACUGUUUUUCUCUUCUUCAAAUAAUCGAGCAUGUUCGCUCGGAUUGUAAUAAAUGCUGCACUUGAUUCUGUCUUAUUUAUUAUCCUAUUUAUAGUAAAUUUAUAUUGGGCCCAA